AUGUCUCUAUCACCUAAAGCAACACCAGCGACGUAUCAAACUACACCUGUUUCUCCGGAACAAAGCACAUCGUUGUUGUUAGCGGCAACAGUAGUAUCAAGUACUUUGCCUGGACAUUUAAUAAUAGAACAACGAAAUAGCAUUGUUGCAGCAAGCGAUAAUAGUUCCCCAUUAACAAGCGGAACAUGA